AUGGGAGUAUUUUAUUCAUUUUGUGGAGGGGAGGGAAGAAAGGGUAACGGUAUCAGUAAUACAGACAAGGCUGUAUUGGAUUUAAAGGUUCAAAGAGACAAGUUAAAACAAUAUCAAGUUCAAAUUAAUAUAGUAAUACAAAAAGAAAUAGAGAUAGCUAAAGAAUGUACAAAGACAAAGAAGAGGAAUCAAGCAUUAUUGGCACUAAAGAAGAAAAAAUACCAAGAGAAACUGUUGGAUGAUACCAAUCAAAAUCUUAUAAACAUUCAAGAGAUGAUAUCAAAGAUUGAGUUGGCAGAGUUCCAAGUCAAGAUAUUCGAUAGUCUCAAGAAGGGUAACACGGCACUCAACGCACUUCAAAAGGAAAUGUCUCUCGAAGAUGUAGAGAAUCUAAUGGCAGAGACUGAAGAUGCUAUUGCCUAUCAAAAUGAAAUAUCAGCUGCCCUCGCUGGUCAAUUCUCACCAGAGGAAGAGGAUUCACUCUUGGAAGAAUUGGAAGCAAUGGAGAAACAAAUGACUCAAUUUCCAAAAGUACCAAACAACAAAUUGGAUGUCAAUCUCGAUCAUAUUAUUCCAGCUGUAGAACAACCAACUAAACAAGCAGUUCAAAUUGGUGGUGAAAGUAGUACUAGUACUACUAGUACGAGUAAAGUUGAAGUUGAACCAGAACAACUUGUAAAUGUAGAAGAUAUUAAACCAAUUGAUGUUGAUCAAGAUGACGAUAUUCAAGAAGAAGAACAAGAAGAAGAAGAAGAAGAGGAAAUUGAAAAAGUAGUAAAAGAAAAACCAAAGAAACAAUUGGAAAUGGCAAUGUAA